CCUAGCCUCCUGGUUGGCACCGGAAGUUAGCCACUUCCGGAUCUCGCAUCGCUCUCGACUACCUGGACUCUUCUCAGGCCUCUCCUUAGUGAGGGCUCCGGGACUGGCCUAGGGCUGACCCCGCUGGAGAGCGAGGUAGGUCCCGGUGCAGCCUCGGGCGCCAAGUUUCCCAGCUUUCCUCCCGCUAUAUAGAAAGGUGCGGGGGACAAGGCGGGCGGCGUGCUUGCGGGCGUUGUCUGCUUGCCGCUUCCAUUGGACAGAUGGGGAGGCGGGCUAAACGCCUCAUCCAAUCAGAAGUGACUGUUGCUCUUCCACGCUCAUUUCUCCGCCUUCUCCCCUCCCCCCGGUCUCAUGACGUCACCGCUGACGUCACGACGCUCGUGCUCCUUUGUAACUGAUACCUAGUAUCUGACUUUGGGGCCAAUGAAAAGGAGGCUAACUUUGGUACCCCGAGGCAGUUCUUCUGGGUCCUGAAGCUUCCUGCCGUGAUGCAGUCCCCAUCCCUCCUCCCAUGUUCUAACCAAUCACAAAACAUUUAUUAAGCGCUUACGAGUACCAGGCAUCGGAUCAAGUACUGGCGACACAGAGAAAUACAAGAGCCAGCUCAGCCCGUGCUCGGUGGGAGAGACAACAGGAAACGCCUGCGGACAAGCACAAUGCAGAAUGAUGAAACAUUUAUUAAGUGCCUUCUGUGUGCGAGGCGAUGUUUUCCAGUACUAGAGAAAGAAACACAAAAGUCCCUGCACCCCAGGAGUUUACAGUCCUAUGGGAAAGACAACAGGAAGGUCCAACUUGGGAGAACUCUGCUGAGGUGAACACAAUGGCUCCUGUGCUCUUGCCCUCCAGGGAUCACCAAGAACUGGUGACAUUCAAAGAUGUGGCUGUGGAAUUCACCCCAGAGGAGUGGGGGCACCUGCACUCUUCUCAGAAAGCAUUGUACAGGGAUGUAAUGCUGGAGAACUACAGGAACCUGGUCUGCUUGGGACUGGCAGUCUCCAAACCAGGUGUGAUUUGCCAGUUGGAACAAGGGAAAGUACCUUGGAUGCCAGAAGAUGAUAUUCCAAGAACCCCCUAUCUAGAUUGGGAUACUACACCUGAAACCAUGGAGUCAACUCCAGAGAUGGACAUCUCUAUGGAAGAAUCAUUCCAAGAAAAAUUCACAAGGAAUAGUCUCUUUUUUUCCAAGUUUGGAAAAGCCUGGGAAUAUAAUGCCAUCUUAGAAAAGGGAAGUGAGGAGAAACAAUCAAGAAAAAUUAAAAACACCCCAAAGAAAAGUCCUAAAAAAGGGACAGGACAUGUAUAUAAUAAAUAUAAUAGAGGUUUGUACAUAGGACCAAUCCUUUUCCCUCAACAUAGAGUAUCUGUUGAAAAGACCCUCCAUCAGUGUGAUGUUCACAAAAAGAACUGCAGAUUCUGUUCACACUUGAAUAAAUGUAAUACUGACUGCUCAAAUAAGGUUUUUUCUAAGUUGAAUGAAUGUGAGAAAUUCUUUAAUUGUAAUUCAGACCUUAAUGACAAUCAUAUAAUACAUCCUGGAGUAAAACCAUUUAGAGGUAAUGAAUGUAAUAAGGUCUUCCCUAAUAACAUGAACCUUACUCAACAUCAAAGAAUUUCUACUACAAAGAAGCCUAAUGAAUGUAAUGAAUGUGGAAAGGUCUUCAGUCAAAAGACAGGACUUACUCGACAUCAGAGAAUUCACACUGGAGAGAAACCAUAUGAAUGUAAUGAAUGUGGAAAGGCCUUUAGCCGGAAGACGGGACUUAAUGAACAUCAAAAAAUUCAUAAUGGAGAGAAACCUUAUAAAUGUAAUGAAUGUGGAAAGGCCUUCCGGCAGAGGAUACGCCUUGUUGAACAUCAGAGAAUCCAUACAGGAGAGAAACCUUAUGAAUGUAAGUCAUGUGGGAAAGCUUUCCGGUGGAGCUCAGAACUUACUCGUCAUCAGAGAGUUCAUACAGGAGUGAAACCUUAUAAAUGCAAUGAAUGUGGGAAGACUUUCUGCCGGAGAACGGGACUCACUCAACAUCAGAGAAUUCACACGGGAGAGAAACCUUAUACGUGUAAAGAAUGUGGGAAUGCCUUCCGCCAAAGAAUACGUCUUAUUGAACACCAGAGAAUUCACACUGGAGAAAAACCUUAUGAAUGUAAGGAAUGUGGGAAGGCCUUCCCCCGGAGCACAGAACUGACUCAACAUCAGAAAAUUCAUACUGGAGAGAAACCUUAUGAAUGUACUCUAUGUGGGAAGGCCUUCCGGUGGAUAACAGAACUUAAUGAACAUGAGAGGGUUCACACUGGAGAGAAACCUUUUCAGUGUAAAGAAUGUGGGAAGACCUUCCGCCAGAGAAGAAGUCUUAUUCAGCACCAGAGAAUUCAUACUGGGGAGAAACCUUAUAAUUGUAAUGAAUGUGGGAAGGCCUUUCGGUGGAGCACAGACCUUACCGAACACCAGAGGAUUCAUACUGGAGAGAAACCUUAUACAUGUAAAGAAUGUGGGAAAGCCUUUCGUCAGAGAGCACCACUUGCUCAACAUCAGAGAAUUCACACUGGAGAGAAACCAUAUAACUGUAAUGAAUGUGGGCAGGCUUUCCGCUGGAGCUCAGGACUUACUGAACAUCAGAGAAUUCAUACUGGAGAGAAACCAUUUAAAUGUAACGAAUGCGGGAAAGCCUUCCAUCGAGGCACACAUCUCACUCAACAUCAGAAAAUUCAUACUGGAGAGAAAUCUUAUCAGUGUAAAGAAUGUGGGAAGGCUUUCUGCCAUAGAACACCUCUUGCCAAACAUCAGAAAAUUCAUACUGGAGAGAAACCUUAAGAAUGUAAUGAAUGUGGGGAAUCCUUUUGCCAAAACAGAGAGCUUAGAAAACAUCAGAUAAUUCAUGCCGAACACAAAACUCAGGAAAGAGGAAAGGGCUUCCAAGAUUAGCUGAUUGCUUACUCAAUAUGAGUGGGUUUGCACUAGGGGAAACUUAAUGUAAUGAAUAUGGAAAGUUCUUCCUUGAGAAUAAAUAUAGGAAUUAUACUGGAGGGAAAUUUUGUGAAUGCAAUGAUUUUGCAUUUAAGUAGCAUGAGCAAGAGUUCAGCCAAAGCACAUAAUCACUUAAUAUUAAAGAAUGUAAAAGCAAAUUCAUAUAAAUGAAGCAAAUUCCUGUCUCAUUUCCAAACCUUUUUCUUCUUAAUACUACAUGUAUUUCUUUAAAUCUUAUGAAGACAAUAUAUAACAAUUUUUUUUUUUUACCUAUAGCAAAGGUAUUUAUUAAAAUAGUAAGAACAAUGGUUAUAUAUAUAUAAAACCUGGGGGAUGCUAAUUUACAAAAUUAGAGUGUGUUUGUGGGAAUAGUGACCACUAACUUGGAAUAUAAUAGCAGUAAGGCAUGCAUUUAAGGAAACACAUGCUCCUUGUAUGAUAAGUACUAGCAGUCCUUUCCUUUUAGAGCUCUUUCCAUAUCUCGAAUCUUUAUUGCUAAGGCCAGUAUAACAUAUUCUUUAGGGAGAAAAUAUAUGACUAUCUCAUAACUGCAUCCUCUAAAAUCCCCAAAGCUAUCACUCCAAACUGUCUUCUCAUCAUAGAAGAAUAUCUGUGAUAUUCUAAGGCUGAAUCUUUGGCUUGUGCCUUUAAUUUUAUUAUUUCCAUACUACUCCAGAUCUUUGCUCCAGUACACAUGCUUGCUCGCUCGC